UCCCCCCCCAUCUUACUAUCGCAACCGCCUGCUCCCUCCCUCCCUCGCAGUCUUCCUCUCCGUCCGUCUGUGUGACGGCGCCAUUUUGCCCCCUUUCCUACCCGGGCGCCUGCCAUAGGAUUACAGAGGAGGCAGCGCAGUGCCGACCCCGUUGCUUUGCCCCAGACACGUGGGCCGGCGGGGGCGACUAGCUGGCUAUUUCCCGCGUACGGAGAGAAUCUUUUUGUCACCCUUUAACCCUUCCCUCGCACCUUCCACGUUUUAUUCCGAUUCGCCAGAGCGGGUAUUGCCCCCCGGCAGGGGGGAGAGAUCUCUUUCUGUGCAAUAGCGCCCCUCCAUGGAGCAGAAGUGAAGAGACAGAGCUUGCCUGGGCUAGUAUCCCCCGCACUGGAGCUCUAGCCCACCCCCACAACUGGAACACUCACUGAAUGAGUCAGUAUUACUAGGAGGGAAUGGCUACAAGGUUGCCCUAAGGCACUGCCAGUCCAGUGAUACCUACCUCCCAUACUCCAACAUUACUGGUGCCAGAGAGCAGAAAAGCAGUUUGGCCUGGAGACUGCUUGCUUCUUCCCUAGGCUGGACUGCUGUUUACUUUUGGGAUUGUAGCAACCUUACAUUUCCCUAUUGGAUCUGCCAAUCUGAUCACUGCAUUACCCAGAAGAGGCAGGAUCCCAUCCUCUCAACUGCUUCCUCAAGCAAGGAAAUGUAACAUGAUUCUCCUUGGAACUGAGCAAGGGCAACGUGGCCUGCCCCAGCAUCCCCCACUGGGGAGUCAUUCCCCUCCCUUUCCCCUUCUUCUCCCCAGUGCUGAAUGGCUGCGAUGGCUCCUGCUCUCACUGACCCUGCCCCUGACGCCCACAACCUGCACUUCAAGCUGGCGCCCCCAUCGUCCUCUCUCCCCCUUGGUGAGGUUAACGGUGGCUCUUUGCCUCCACCUGCCGCCCCCGACCUGGUCGCCAGCUAUUGCGGAACUAUAAGCAAGGAUCAGUUGAAACUGGCUGGAGUCCUUGGUCCCGGCUCCAUCUUGUCUCAGUCAUUGUGCCGGGGACGGCCCUCAAUCUUGGAAAUCAACCUGGAGGAGCUAAGAGGCAUCACUAAUUCUGGGAGAGGAGGUCAAGGGGGACCUCUGAAUGGGCUUGCAAAGAAACUCAAUAAGCCAGCUGUGGAUAGGCCCCCUGGCCAUGCUGUCCCAAACCUGGAGACUUGGGUCAAGACUCAAGCUGUUUCCCCAGAAUCACCUACUGCAGCACAAGAGGAGAAGGGAAUCCCUGUGGAACCGGGUUCAGGGGCCCGACUACAAGCACUUUUGCGACGUCAUGGGGAAAUGGAAGAACGUGCUCGGCGCCUGCAGAAACGUUUGCGUCUGGUACAAGCAAAACAGGUGGAACGACACCUUCAUCAACAACUCGGAGGCCUUGUCGGAGCUUCUAUUAACCGGACUGUCGAGUCUCCUCGUUCUCGGCUUACUGUGCUAACUCGGAAAGCAGAGGCACAACGCCGGGUGGAGGAGGAAGGUGCCGGCUCAGAUGCCUUCUUGAAGGAAGCAGCCCCGGAGCUUGCGAAGUUGAGUUUAUCAGGUGGUGCUGCGCUGAGGGCAUGUGAGCUUGGAUUUGACUCUGAUGCUACUGAGAGCAGUUCAGGUGGAGAUUCAGAUAUUGAGGAGGAGGAACUGAAUCGGGCGGAUACACGGAGGAACCACAUGCCACUGAAGCGCCGGUGUGAAUGGAGCUGGGCCCAGGAGCGUGCGGAUGUGGUGAGUCGAUGGAACUGGCUGCAAGCUCAUGUCUCCGACCUGGAGUACAGGAUUCGCCAGCAUACAGAUUUCUACCGACAGCUCCGUUCAGGGAAGGGGCAAGUGGUCCUGGGGGAGGCAUGUCCUUCCGAAACAGCUGGGGAGCCUCUGCGCUCUUCCCUUCUGGACUCAAGAACGUCCUCUUCUCCUUCACCAGAUGCAGAGAGGCGGGCUGAUUCCAGCACCACAGAAGCCAAGUCCUUGCAAAGACCGAUUAAUGGGAUUGUUAACAUGCUUCCUCCUGUAUUGCCCACUCGGUCUGGCUCAGACACCCAAGAGCUGGCACUCAGUAAGCCUUUGUCACCACAACCAGAUUCCACCUGUGUCUGUGCUAGGACAAGGCCUCUUGUCACUUGCAAGCGGAGGAGGAUUGUGAGGCCUGAUCGACUACUGCCGCUCAACAAAAAGGUUCAGAGGGGCACCCCACAUGUCUGUGAGGUUUCUUCAUCCUGUGUUAUGUGUGCCAGUCUCCCUGGGCCCUCUGCCGAAAUCCAAUACAGUGACCCCCUGGCUGAGCGUCUGGCACUGCUGGAUCCAUCGAUUCACCCAGUCUUAUCCUUCCCUGAUGAUAUCCCCACCAGCCUACGUCUCCUCUCUCUUCUCCGCUCUCACAAACAAGACAGGAGCAAGUCCAUAAAGAAGCUAAAACUGCGGCCUCUUAACCAGCUCCCAUCUACUCCUGAGCUCCCACGUGGGGACCGCUUACAGGGGGCUCCUAAUGUGCACAGGGUUUCCCACCAUCGACCUGCUGAUCUCACUCCCAAACAGCCCUUGGAACCGCCCCUGCGCACGCUGAAGAUUGACAGAUCCCUCAUCUCCAGGUCGGAUCCGUUAGUCACAUCCUCUGCUCCUCAUGUCAAGAGACGGCAGCUUGGGGUCCCAGACAGAAAUGCAGGAGCACAACAAGUGGAUCCGUCAAUUAGCAGCCCUGCACCAGUCAGUGCCUCUCCUGUGUCUCAGCCCCCACUCAUCCGCCAGCUUUCUGCAUCAUCUGAAGGGCAGAUCUCUUCGUAUUCUGCCUCUGUGGCUGCCCGGCGCCGCAGGACAGAAAGCUCCUACGACAUAAACAACAUUGUCAUCCCCAUGUCUGUGGCGGCAACCACAAGGGUGGAGAGACUGCAGUACAAAGAAAUCCUCACACCCAGCUGGCGUGUGGUACACAUCACUCCUGUUACUCCAAAUAAUGAGGAGGAUUCAGAGGAGCUGGAAGAUCUCUCGGAUGCUGCCUUUUCUGAAUUGCAUGCAAAGUGCGAAGAACAGGAGCGGGCAAGAUGGCUGAGCAGUGUCCCUCCCCAACGCCGCGGAAGCCGGACUCACAGAACAUCCGAAAGCUCGGUCACCCCUUCCGCUGGUACUCGUCCCCUUACACCCCAACCCUCCUCCCCUGACACAGGCAGUUGGCAAGCCAUCCCCGAUUUCUCCCCCCUCAGCCCAGAUGUUCUCUCUGCUCCUCCCACCCCGACCUCCCGAGAGACCUCACGUCUGCUCUCUGAAGAGACCCAGAGCUCCAUUUCUGACUCCGGACGCGAGGAGCUGGCCGUUCAGCCCUGGGAACGGAGAAACUUCCCCCUUUCAUACAGUCCCAAACGGGAACUCACAGGACCUUGUGAGCCCACAGACUGGGGAGGAGCUCGCCCGCCGCGCCGCCCUUCCUGCAGCUCUAAAACUGCCAAAGACCCAGAGGAUCCCCCGUCCUCUCCCCCCUGCCCUGUCUCAAGGCCACGACCGCUCCACAGAUAGGGAGGUGAGGAGAGCGAUGCCCCUGAUCAGAGACGAUUUGGCUCCAAAAGAAAAAAAUAAAUAAAAAAUCCAACUGUUUGAUAUUCAAACUUGAUCCCCAGAAGUGUGCGCCAUUUUCACAAUUUUUAGUGAAUUGAAGGACUUUAGGGGAGAAUUUUCUUUUCUUUAUUUUUGUUGUUUUGUUGCGGGAGGGGGACAUGGUAACUGCUCUUUCCUUCUCUGGGUGCGGCUUCUGCAAAAGGCAGGCAGUCUGCAAAGCUGAUCAUAUUGACACUUUUUCUGUUCCUAUUGGCUGAGAGACCACCCAUUAGCGCAUUACUGCAUUCCCACAAGCUUGUGUGCCGAAAUGUUCGUUUAGGCCCCAGCGACCCCCUCCAUCCCUGCAGUAUAAAGCACUUAGUGUUCAGUGGGGAAACAGGACUUGUUUACAGAUCUCCCCAAUCAGAAACCUUAAGCUGGCCAUGCACAGGCCAAUAAAAGCUGACAAUUUGAUCCAGCAGAUCAAGUCAGCAGAUUAUUGGCCCAUGUAUGAGGUCUCCUGACUGCCUGCCAGCAGUUAAUCCAUCUAAUGGGAAAGUGGCUGAAAGGAUUCUCUCAAUGAGAUCCUUUCCAGAUAGGUCUAUUGGGAUUUGACCUGGUGAGUGGAUGACCAAAUUGGGCAAAGACCCACUUGACUUCUCUAACUACACAGAUUUGGCCAACAUAAGAUUGCUGCCUAUUAACCAGAAUCUGGUUUCUGAUUGGCUGGAAAUCCUUUUUUUACAGUUGGUUCCCCAAUCUGCUGAUGUUAUGCCCCAUAAUGUGUGGGAAUAAUGAAACCGUAAGGGCAGCAGGCUGGUGUUCUGGCCCUUUAUUCGAAGCAGAGCUGUUGCAACCCCAAACCUAACUUCUUGCACUGUGUUUAAAUGUGAGUGAGUGAGCAGUUACUGAGGAUAAACGAACCCCUUCCUACUUGUCCUUGUUAUACCCCCUGCCCCAGGUUUAAACUUGUUGUUCUUCAGUUCCAAGUUCUACUCAUUUUAAGUCUUUAACCUGCUUUUCCCGUAAUUCCUUUAUUUUUCUUUUACUCUCUGUGCCAGUCAAAGGCUCUGUGGCACUUAAUGGGUUAACACAUUUUAAAUCUCCCCCCCCCCCCCCCCCCCCCCACCCAAUCUUUAAGCAUUAAUAAAUGGCUUUAGUUCUCCGAUGAGAAUAUACAUUGAAACCAAGGGGAGAACUUUUAGCUUUGUAUAAAGGAGAUCAUUAAAGAAUUGUAUUUUGUAAAUAACUUUUUAUUAGCUUUUCUGCCUAUUUUGUUUGGGUUUUUUUUUUUUUCUUGACAGCAUAAAGAUGGCGGAAUGGGCGCCAUCCACUGGGUUGUAUCUGCGGAAGAGGAGAAAAAAAAGUUAAUGCAUUUUGUUGUUGUUUUCAGGGUAAUCUUUUCUUUGUUUAAUGUCUAUCCUGUUGCAAAAAAAUAAGCACUGGGCAAAGUGCUGGAGAAAAAGACAAAAAAGGGAGAAAAAAAA